UAAUUUUAUAGAGCUAUCUGAAGUUCAGCUCGAAGCUCCGUUAAUGGCGGUUUCUUCGCUCCCGGUUCUUUCUUCAUUGAGCGCCAGCGCUAACAUCUCUGAUGUUACCUCGUUUUCGCUGAAUAGCCCACUCAGUAAUAUCUGUUCCAAACCGAGCGCUCAUCCUUCGUCUUCUAUCAUCGUUUGUUCUUACAAAUCUGGCAACCAUACGGUGACAGAGCGGAAAAAGAAGUUGUUGGAGCAAUAUGGACUUGAUCCUAACGAGUUUUUGUCUGAACCUUCCACUAAUCGAAGAAGAGAAAUGCGAAAAACGGGAAAAGGCAAGCAAAUUUUUCCGGAGGAUCCUAAACCUCAACGACAAACUCACAAGUUACUUCAGGUGCUUGGAGGAAGUGCUCGGAGAAUGAAGCUACUCUCACCAAAGGGGUUGGAUGUACGACCAAUGAUGGAAGUUGUGAAAGGUGCAGCUUUUGAUAUUUUGCAGGCUGCUGGUGGAUGUCCAGCAUCUUUAAGGCCUGGUCGUUGGUUAGACUUGUAUAGUGGUACCGGAUCAGUUGGUAUUGAAGCUAUGAGCCGUGGAUGUUCCGAGGUGCAUUUUGUUGAGAUGGAUCCAUGGGUUGUUUCUGAUGUUCUAAGGCCAAAUCUGGAAUCUACUGGGUUUUUUGAUGUUUCGGUCAUUCACACAAUCCGGGUUGAGAAUUUUAUAGAACGAGCUGACCAACUUAUUGGUACUGAAAGACCAUUUGAUUACAUUAGUGUUACCCCACCGUACACACAAGUUGAUUAUGGGGUACUCAUGGGGCAACUGUCAAAGUCGGCCUUAGUUGGAGAAGAUACCUUCAUUGUGGUUGAAUAUCCAUUGAGGACUGACAUGCUGGAAUCUUGUGGAUGCCUUACUAAGAUUACUGACCGGAGGUUUGGUCGGACACACUUGGCAAUUUAUGGACCCAAGUGGGCUGAGAAGAAAAAGAAGGAAAAAAAAUUAAAUUAGUUGAUGAAGUUUUUAUAACUGCCAAAUGGUAUUAGCUGGUGACAAUAUUCGGCAACAAUUGCUAACAGCCUAGCCUUAAGAGGUCGGCACGGAAGCUUAAAGAGCUGCAUGCUUUUUUUCAUCAAAAAACGUAACAGAGCUGCAGGCUUUAAAGCAUUGACAUCGUUCCAUUUUGUUGGUAACUAGGAAUUGAAGUAUCCAGAUGUUGGUACUACUUUUCUUGAUUCUAUUGGCAUCUUGGAAGUACAGGGUUCCCAGCUAUUCCAGGUGAGGGUUGUGUGUGUAAUCUACAGUCACCCGUGCAUUGUCUUGCUCUAGAAUUUAUAUCCAAGCUUCAUGAUGUCAAGACUUAAAGAUUACAAGGCAGAGAAUGUCAAUGUACCACCUUUUUCCUUUUUUUUUUCUUUCCUGCGGUCUAAAUAGAUGUGUGCUAUGUACUUAUACUUGAGCAGUUGCUACGUAAGUUUUCCCUCGGUGAGCAAAAAUAUAACAGGUAGAAAAUUGUAUUGGAACUCAACUAUCUUUUAUCGACCUAUUUGGUUGAUCCCAGCAUUAAAGUGCCAGUAUCCAUAUUUGGAAUCUUGCAUUUUACGAACUUGUUGAUAUCCAAGUUUACCCUAGUCACUCUUCUGCUACUUUAUCUAUUCUAAACUUCAGUUUUACUCAACCAGUAGGAAUCUUAUUAUAUCUUACUUGAUCUUGCAAAAGUUCCUAUGUUUUAUUUGCCUUUGCAUUAGGAAGACAAAUUAGAAUCCUACUCGUGGAGUGGUGGACUUAAAGUCUCCACUAGAGGUCAAUAGGCGCAGAACACAUCUCUUUGGCUCCUGCAGGUUGCAGUUUAACGAAGGAGCCAAGCGGGUGAGACAGGCAUCAUGGAAAUUAGAGUCUAAUACGAAAGGGUGGUGGAUUACUCAUGUUCAUUUCUCACAUAUGAUGUUCAUGACACAGGAAAGACAUUGGAGGGUUUGAUUAAGGAUGCUGUUAGGAUGGACAAAUCCUUGGCCAACCUACUUAUUUUAUGGGUAGAAUUCUUAAUGUGAAAGUUAUGCAUUGCCAUAACUAAAUGAGUUUUAAACAUGUGUUUGCCACAUACAAGUAGAAACAAGAGAUACUUUGUAAAUUCUUUCCAAUUACGUUACUGCUGUAUCAAAUUUUCUUCAUUUUCUGUUUGCCUCAUUUUAGUAGGAACACCGAGUAAAUUUUUUCCAGGAUCCUUUGAUGGAGUUGAUGCAUUGCCAAGCCGCAAUCUUCCUGUCCAUGAAUGUGGCGAAGAGUACUAACCAUGCAAAGACCUAGUUUUCUCACAUGAUUUUUAACGAGUAGUUGGAAACGUUGUAAUCAGUCAUAAGAAGCUGCUUGCCUCGUGAAAUUACAAAGUAAAUGGUUCUUAUGGGAACACAUUUACUUUGGUUCAUGCCAGGUACUAACUUCUUAGUCGAAUGGCUUUGUUUUGGUCUGCAGAAUUGCUUUGAGCCAGAGACUAUUCAUCAAGCUUAGACUGCUUAGUUCACAUUAUGUACAGUGGGCUUAGGGCAGCAUUGCAUCUAAAGAAAAUGUAUUUCCCCUUUUUUUUAUUACUCUGAUAGUGAUGGUUUUCUCGAACUAAUUUAAUAUCUUUAUCAUUUUUAUGGGCGCUGAUGAAAUAGCAGAGACAUUCAAAAUGGACUUUCUCGAUCUCCUUCAGGUGAAGGUUUGGCUAUGCCUCGUCUUUUACAAACUUGGUGUUAACUGGUAAGUUGUCGUCAGAGUUUUAUGAGAUAUUGAGGUCCCCCAAUUCCCCUUUUGUAGCUGUGGGAAAAUGCAGAAACUAAGGCAAAGAAAGAGGAGCUGUUGGACACAUUAUUCCAGAAUAUAAAGUGACAUAAAUAACUACUUUUCUGUGUUUUAAAAUCAGAUUCCUUCUCUCUCUUCCCACGCGAACACAAAGUACAGUUUUUACUGAUACAGUCUUUAAAUACAAACAAAACAGCCUUACAACCCGCCAAGACCUCAGCCAACCCAAUUAGCUUUCUAUCUCUCUUCUUUCUUCUUUUUUCUUUCUUCUUUCUUCUUUCUUCUUUCUUCUUUCUUAGUCCAUAGCUAUCCCUCUCUUCCCUUCCAUACCCUGAAAUGUCUGAUUUUAGUCAUUUCUGUGUUUCUGUUCUGAAUGGACGAUGACCUUGUUGGUCCUGUGAGAUAAGGAAAAGGGUUUUUGGUCUUUGGGUGUAAUGGAGAGUAAGUGUAGUUUUUUGAAGUCUCUGUUUGGAGCUUUUCUCUUUCUUGGUAUCAUUUGGUUCUCUUUUAUUGGAGUGAUUGAUAAUGCUAGCCUAGCAUCCAGAAGAGAGACAGACAUGCAGUGGAAGCUAAUUGGAAGAGAGAAGCAUUUCUUUCAUUGGCAUUCUGAUUUUUAUUCUGUCAGCAAGAGAAGAGUACCAAAUGGACCUGAUCCAAUCCAUAACAGGAGAGUUGAGAAUUCUAGACAACCACCAAUUCGAGUCUAAGCAAAAUGAAGGAGAUAUAUGAGGUGGAGAAGAAGAUGAGAAAUGAACAGUUUUUUCUUUUUUACCCUUCUUUCUUUCAUUACAUGUAAAUUGUUAAUUAUUUUUAUGGUGUCCAUCAAGGAUAGAUCGUGCAUUGAGACUUUUGUCCCCUAAAGUACUGACAUUGCAACUGUUCUUAGUGGGUUUUUGGGGGUAAAAAGAGAUUUUGGAUAACUUUCCCAGAAAAUUUUCAGUUCUUGCUGCUCAUCAUUUAUUUGAUCUCAGAUGCCAAGUGUUUGUUUCCUCGGAAUUUGAAGAUUAUUAUAUAUUGUUUCUUCUCCUUCA